AUGCUUCGAUAAGUAAGUGGCAGUGCCAUAACCGUAGAUCCCAUUAAAAAAAGCAAGUCCUCUUGUUCCACACCCAGUAAAGAAUUGCAAAUUGAUCAAAUCAUUCACAAAUAUAUUGGCAUGGACAGAACUGCUGACACAUUCACCUCUUCCAUCACCACCAUGUUCCAUAACACUCUUCCCGAAGAGAAACAGCUCCUUGUCUCUCCAUACAAGAAGUUGACUGAAAGGGAUUGCGAAAAAUAUUUGACAACCUUUCAAAGACUCUCCGAUCGAAAAUCUGAUAAUUUAGAAAGUCCUCAUUAAGAUGAAGAAUUUCAUCAUCUCAAAACUUCCAGCGAUUAUGGUUCCUCCCAUAAUUCAUUGCAUGAACUUGCACAAAAUCUAGAAUAGGUUUUUGAUUCCCCAGAAGGCACCAACAAUAUACAUACAGACAAAAGUCCUGAAUUUUAUAAUCCAGAAACCAAACUCAAAUCUCUACCAAAAGAACUACCUAUCAUCGAGGAAAAUGAAGAAAUCCUCAACACACAUCAAAGAUUAAAUGGACUCAUCACCCAAAUAGAUUAGAAAAUUGGUCUUCAUCAAGUCAAUUAACAAGUCAUUGAAAAAAUUAAAGAAAAAUACCUACCCAGAAAAGAAGAACUCUUGGAAUUCCAAGAUUUCCCUGAAUUCAACCCAUCCGAUUGGCCCAAAGACGAAGACUUAGACAAUCUUAAAAUUGAAUAGCCUAAACAACAAUCCCCCAAAUAAAUUGUUGUUAAAGAAUUCAGAGUUCAAGCUAUUAGAAAUAUCACCUUCAAUUCUAAUGAAUUUAACGAUUUCAUUUAAGAGUAGUUUCAAACAGAAGAAUAAGAAAAAAAAGAUUAUUCUACCGAAUAAUAAAUAAAAAAUGAUAGUCAUGCAGAAUAACAAAUAACUAAAGAUAAUCAAAAUGUUUUUCUACAAAGAAAGAGUUAAAUUCUUAUUGCAAAAAACUCCAAAUUCAAAUUACCUGAAUUAAAAGAUCAUCAAAUAAGAUUAGUAUCAAAAGUAAUAAUAAUUGUAUUGAUAUUGACACUGUUAUCACAAUUAUUUACUUUAAUAUUAUGA